GUGACGUCCAUGGCUUCGUCUGCACGUGCCUUCCUGCUCGCCUAUGUGGCCAUCUAUACAGUCUACGAGGGGGAGGACUAUCCAGCCUUCCAUCGUGGAGCCACCUUCAGUUUUGAUUGGAUGUGGCCGAUCUUGCUACGUAAUCUGCUGGCCACAUGGAUAAUCUGCGGCUUUUGGGACUGGUUCUUAUACCUAUCUCCGCUGAAGGAAUCGCUCCGCAGAUUCAAGAUGAACCCCAAGUAUCCUCCGAUGAGCCAACUACGUCACGACGCUUUGGCAACCACGCUUGCCACCGUCUGUGGGACUGUGGUUGAGAUCCUCCUUUGCCACUUUUGGGCCACAGGGGCCUUGCCAAUGCAUAGAACUCUUAGCGCGGCACCUGUACAAAGCUUGGUGUUCACACUGACUGUGACGCAUUGGCGCAUUCCUCAUUUCUACCUCAUGCACCGUGCGCUUCAUCCAUGGAGGACGACGACCAUACCAGAUUUUGGGAAGUUCCUGUACAGACAUGUUCACGCUCAGCACCACAAAUCCUACCUGCCCACGGCCUUCUCCGGUACCAAUAUGCACCCU